GGCCAUGUUUGAGUUGGACAUGCGUGAGUGUGGUGAUAGGAUGGUAACCCUGAGUAACCAGUCCCCAGAAGCCGUGCGCUGCUUCCUGGACUUCUGUUACUCUGGAGAGAUGGUCGUCACCCACGAAAACGUAGACAUGCUGUUCCAGCUCGCCUCUUUCCUACAGGUGUCUGUGCUCUUCAGAGCAUGCAGUGACUUCCUGAUUGGAACCCUGGAGCUCUCCAACUGCCUGAUGCUAUUGGCCCUCGCCGAGGGAUAUGGCUCCGCCUCCCUCCUCCAGCAGGCCAAAGAGUUUGUAGUUCAGAACUUCCACAACCUCUCAAUGACUCCAGACUUCCUGGAUAUGCCGUUGGGCGUGCUCGAGGUAUGUCUGGGGUCGGACAGUCUCAGCGUGCCCAGUGAGGAGGUGGCGGUGAGGUCAUCCCUGAGGUGGACAAGUCACGACCUCCAGACCAGACAGAGGCUGUUGCCACGGCUACUAGCACUGCUAAGGCUACAUCACGUACCCACACACACCCUGCAGGCCCUGGCCCGGACUGAGAAUCUCCUCUCAGGGGACCAACUCUGUGUUAGUCUGGUCAGUGAUGCAGUGAGGAGACAGACACAGCUCAGUGGUCUACUGCCAGACGCCAGACCAGCUACCACACAGUCUUACAUCUACAUCCACAAGACAGAGGAGAACGGAGAGAUACACCACAGCUUCUGUUACUGCCUGGACACAGACCAAUGGAGAGAGCUACCUCAGGGCCAGGGGGCGGGUUUUAGUAUGACCCCUGACCCCUCAGGCUCUUCCCUCACCAGCUACGCCGAGAAGUUGUUUGUGACAGGUGGUUGUCGGGGCAACUGUUGCCGCACAGUGCGUCUUCACGUGGCAGAGCCGUUCCAUGAUGCGACAGCGGAGGUUUGGUGCUACUGCCCAGUCACACACACCUGCACCCCUGCCCCGGACAUGGGGAAACCCCGUACCAUGCACACAGCCGUCACAACCCUGGACAGACUGUAUGUGCUAGGAGGGAGGACCAGAGGAGAAAGGGAGGGAGCUCCUAGCCUAAUGGAGGUGGAGUACUACGACCCCCUGGCCAAAACCUGGACCUCCGUCAGCCCUCUGCCCACUGCUAUCUACUACCCAGAAGCCAGUGCGUGCGGCAGCAUCAUCUACACAUUGGGUUCGUCAGUGGAGAUAUCGGACUCCUUCAACCCUUCGCUGGACUGUUUCCUGCGCUACGAUGCUGUUUCUGACCAGUGGAGCCACCUGGUGGCAGAGUUUGGUCAGUUCUUCCACGCCACCUUGGUCAAGGCUGUGUCCGUCAACAACACUCUACACCUCUGUGACUUGUCUACGUAUAAGGUGUACAGUUUCUGUCCAGAGACGUGUGUGUGGCAAGGGGAGGGGUCGUUCGAGUGUGCCGGGUUCAACGCAGGCUCCGUGGGCGUGGCCAACCGAAUCUACAUCCUGGGAGGAGACUACUCACCUGAUGAGAUCACUGACGAAGUCCAAGUGUACCACAGUGGGCGGGGCCAGUGGGAGGAAGUGACACCAAUGCCACGCCCCCUGACAGAGUUUCACUGUCAGGUCAUCAGCUUCAACAGAUACAGAGACCCCUGGGGAGGAAGGGACACGUAA